UCUCGCCAACAACCACGGCAAAAAAAGAAGAGAAGGAAACGUUCAAACUUUUGCUUCUUCAUUCCCUCGAUGAGAAGGUUCAACUACAAGCGAAGUGUUUUUGGACAUUAUCAAUGGCUUCAACUCUGCGUCUCAACCUAACCCACCCUUCAUCCUCAGUUUCCUCCAAGACCCGCUUCUCAGUCCCCAUCUCCAAAAAUCGUCCACUAGAUUUCUCUCCCCCCCACCACUCAAGAUGUAGAAAAAUCAGUUCCCAGAAGAGGAGAUGUACCCGACAAGUAAAAGUCACCGCGGUCGAAUCCCCUGGGGUUCAAGCGAAUAGCUCUGAUGCCAAAAGCCCAGCGGCACCGAGCAAGAAGCUCCGGGUGCUUGUUGCCGGAGGUGGCAUCGGAGGGCUGGUCUUCGCACUGGCAGUGAAGAGGAAGGGGUUUGAGGUGGUGGUGUUCGAGAAGGACGUGAGUACAAUUAGAGGGGAGGGACGUUACAGGGGUCCAAUUCUGAUACAGAGCAAUGCGUUGGCUGCUUUGGAGGUUAUUGAUAUGGAGGUGGCUGAGGAGGUAAUGAGGACUGGUUGUAUCAUUGGGAACAGGAUUAAUGGCCUUGUCGAUGGGGUUUCUGGUACUUGGUAUAUCAAGAUGGAUAUGUUCACUCCUGCGGUGGAACGGGGGCUUCCGCUCACUAGGAUUAUUAGCCGAAUGUCCCUUCAGCAGAUUCUCGCUCGAGCAGUGGGGGAAGAUGUUAUCUUAAAUGACAGUAACGUGGUUGACUUUGAGGAUGAUGGCACGAAGGUUGCUGUCAUUCUUGGGAAUGGACAGCGUUUUGAAGGUGAUCUCCUUGUUGGAGCCGAUGGUAUAUGGUCAAAGGUGAGGAAAAGGUUAUUUGGACCUAAGGAUGCCACCUAUUCAGGCUACACCUGUUACACUGGCGUCACAGAUUUUGUACCGGCUGACGUUGAGACUGUCGGGUUUCGAGUAUUUCUGGGACACAAGCGAUACUUUGUCUUUUCAGAUGUUAUCGCUGGAAAGAUGCAGUGGUACGCAUUUCACAAGGAACCACCCGGUGGUGUGGAUGGUCCAAAUGGUAAGAAAGAAAGCCUCCUGAAAAUAUUUGAAGGUUGGUGUGAUAAUGUGAUAGAUCAAAUACUUGCCACGGAUGAAGAGGAGAUCCUUCGACGUGACAUAUAUGACCGGACACUGGAUUUUAUGUGGGGAAAAGGUCGUGUGACUUUGCUUGGGGAUUCCAUACACGCUAUGCAGCCAACAAUGGGACAGGGGGGAUGCAUGGCCAUUGAAGAUAGUUACCAACUCUCCCUGGAGCUUGAGAAGGCAUGGAAAAAUAACACUUUAUCUGGGACCCCGAUUGAUGUGGUUAAUGCUCUGAAGAGCUACGAGAAAGCCAGAUGGCUGAGAGUUGCUGCCAUCCAUGGAAUGGCAAGAACGGCUACGCUGAUGGCCUCACUGUACAGAGGUUAUUCAGGUGUGGGACUUGGUCCACUCUUGCUUCAGAUACCACAUGCUGGAACAGUUGGGAGAUUCUUUAUAGCAAUCGCAAUGCCCUUGAUCCUCAACUGCGUAUUGGUUGGUAACAGCUUGAAACUCGAGGGGAGGACACUAUGUUGCAGACUCUCAGACAAAGCAAAUGAUCAGUUAAGAAGAUGGUUCAAAGAUGAUGAUGCGCUGGAGCGUGCUAUGAAUGGGGAAUGGCUUCUUUUACCUUCUGGAAAGGAGACUAGUCCACAGCAACCUAUUUGUUUAGGUAGAGAUGAAAGCACCGGGUGCAUAAUUGGGAGCGAACAGAAUGAUGAUCUUCCCGGAGUUCCGGUGACAAUACCUUUGCCACAGAUUUCAAAGGUACAUGCUCAGAUCAGCUACAAGGAUGGUGCUUUUUUCGUGACUGAUUUGCGGAGUGAACAUGGUACCUGGAUCACCAAUAAUGCCAGGCAUCGGUAUCGUGCAACUCCGAAUUCUCCGGCUAGGAUUCAUCCCUCAGACAUCAUCGAGUUUGGUUCAGACAAGAGGGCGACGUAUCGCGUGAAAGUCGUGAGGUCUCCUUCGAAAAUUCCAGAGGCUGAAAGAAGCAGAAUGCUCCAGGAAUCAUGAUAAGCAGGAGUUCAGCAUUCGAUUUGUGCAGCGAUUAAUUCCAAACACAUUGGAGUCAAAGUGAUAUAGAGCUUGUUAAAGAAUCUCACAUGGCUUGACAAUAAGGUUUUUUACACUAUUUAUAUACAUAUGCGGUCUCCCUCUUUCUAUCAUUUUAACCUUUUUUGUCAAACUUUUUAAUAUAACAUGAGAGCCGAGUUUUGCUCACCUUAUUUGAGCAUGCGACUCCUCACUCAUAAAAUUCCAUGCUAUUCCUAAUUCAGCUUGCA